GGCGUUUCUAGUCUGCAUUGCGCAUUCACGAGACAGGGUUAUCGUGGCCACCUCGUCGUCGCGUUUUCGUUGUUGCCGUCGUUGUCAUUGCCGCGACCAUUAUUGUUAUCGCCGCCGAGUCAAAUUCGAUAGUGAUCUCGAUAAAGAGUUAUCGGCAGCAAAGAUAGAAAUCAUAAAACAUAGACUCAAACAAAAUCUAACGACAUUGUACAUCACAAACAGCAUCGCUUUUCAUUAAAACGUAUUAUAAGCGGAAUUUGCGGACUCAUCUUAAUAUCAUGUGGGGUAAAGCAAAUAUGACUGCUGUAAUUUUUCUUUUCGGAUGGUUUUGCGUCUUCACUUAUGCAGAAGCGAGCAAUGCUGAGGUAUCAUCGGCCGAUGCAGAAACAGAAACAAUUCUUGAGCGAGCAGCCACGUGGUUAUGGAGUCAACAGGAUAAAGACGGUGGUUGGAGUAACGACACACAUCGAGUAUUAUUAGUUCUUCGUCUAACCAAUCUCUCCCGUGAUGAUAAUGUUGUUCCGCCCGCGCCGCUUGAAUUACAACUCAUUGCUAAACAGAUGGAAUUGGAAAUCGUACUUUUGCUCUGGAGACAUCGAGAAGUUGGUUUUUCUCCGGUACAACUGGCACGCUAUACUCUGGCUUUAAAUGCAAUGUGCAUGGAUCCAAGACAAUUUCAUGGUCACGAUUUAAUCGGUACAUUGCAACAUCAUGAACCGCCGACCGAUUAUGAUUUUGCGCUGACUACACUCGCAGCAUGCAGUGCGCAAGCACAUGUGCGCAAACGACAAAUGCGUCGUCUUUUAGAUAUUGCUAAUGCCGCACGUGAUCAUAACAUCGAUACUAUUGCGAUGUUGAUCUUGGCACUACGAUGUAUCGUUCAGGAUCACCGGCAUCGCAAUCUUCAUCAUAUCGUUCGUAAACCAUCAAUGGAACUAGCGCGACAACAAAGACAUGAUGGCAGUUUUGGCGAUCUACGUAAUACUGUAUUGGUAAUGCAAGCAUUAGAAGAAGUCGAAAAUGAACCGGCAGAUAACUGGAACAGAUCUGCGGCAUUAGCCUGGCUAAUCAAUCAGCAACGACCAGAUGGUUCUUUUCAUGGCAAUGUCCAUGCCACUGCCGAGGCAAUGUUAGGAAUUGCGCCGCGUGGAUUGGCCAGCAUCCGAGCUCUUGAUUGUGGACAGAGUUUAUCGGAUUCGCCUCCUCAUCUAACUACAAGCAACAAUAUUGGGACAUCUGAUAAUCACAGUGUGACCUCUAUGCCAUUAGAAACGUCGGCAAAUAACACAAGCAAUGUAGAUAUCACGUUAAUCACGAGCACCAUGGUGCCGAUGCUUGUAAACGUAUCAUACACCUUGUGGGUCGGCAGCAAUGUAAAUGAAACAUAUAAUUUGACAGUGACUGUACCCAAAAACGAAACUUUCUACAGUGUCAUGCUGUUGGCGGCAAGCAUGUCUUCUCAUUUUCAAUUUACUGCGUCUGAAUGGCCUAACGGUCAUUAUGUUCAUACGUUGGCUGGCUACAAAGAGGAACCGAUGUCCUAUCAUUACUGGUUACUUUACAGAUUGCGCUGUCCACCAGAACCAUCUUCACCACCUGGAAAUCAUUUGGUUGCACCAGGAGGUGUUGAUAACUUGCGGAUUAGCGAAGGAGAACAUUAUCUCUUUUGGUAUAAGAAGCUAUGAAAUGUGUAACGAGAAAAACAUGGACAACAUGAUAUUAAAAUGUAAUAAAGGAGGAUAAUAUAAAAGAAAGAAUAAAUAUUUCAAAGAAUAAUGUAAA